AGGGGUAGUUUUGUGACCCUGGUGGUAGUGUGACCCUUCCUCUGUACCGUGAACUUAAGGAAACACACAUUUGCCAAGGUUUUCGUAGGAGUUGUGGGCAUUUCCAGGAGUAGUUUUGUGACCCUGGUGGUAGUGUGACCCUUCCUCUGUACCGUGAACCUAAGGAAACACACAUUUGCCAAGGCUUUCCUAGGAGUUGUGGGCAUUUCCAGGGGUAGUUUUGUGACCCUGGUGGUAGUGUGACCCUUCCUCUGUACCGUGAACCUAAGGAAACACACAUUUGCCAAGGCUUUCCUAGGAGUUGUGGGCAUUUCCAGGGGUAGUUUAAUUUGCGUAACACCUGGAAAUAUAUCUCUCACUUCCCGUUCACCCGUCAUAGAUAUAUUGGUUUGAAUUUUGAAGUAGAACAUUUAUCUCUGCAAGAACCAUUUUCCUGUCCAUGAGAGUUGGUGAACCGUGUCCCGGGCGUGUGUGCCGUGCCAGUAGAGCCCGCCACGCCCACACCAGGAAACGGAAAGGAGAUACUUAACAGAUAACAAAAUACUGUGUUUUGGUAACUCGUCUAAGUUCUGUGUAUAAGUAUUGAUGUCAAGGCUUGAUGUCCGUUUUAGUAGUGUCGCCGGGUGUAUCAGGGCCGGCAGGGAGGGUUUAGCGAGGCCGUGGGCGCAGCGUGGGGUACCCUGGCACACAUGUGAGGCUCCCAGUGCCCGUAGACCAUGCCGCCACAAAGCCAAGCAGGGCCAGACUCGUGCGUCAACAGAGAUAGCUAGGGUCGGUAUAAGACAUCGCUUCUAACAUCAGCUGUUUCUAAAGGUCAAAGGAGGGGUCAGUUGGGUUCUAAUAAGUGUUUCUUCAGGUUCACGGUACAGAGGAAGGGUCACACUACCACCAGGGUCAUAGAACUACUCCUCGUAAUGCCCACAACUCCUAGGAAAGCCUUGCCAAAUGUGUGUUUCCUUAGGUUCACGGUACAGAGGAAGGGUCACACUACCACCAGGGUCACAAAACUACCCCUGGAAAUGCCCACAACUCCUAGGAAAGCCUUGGCAAAUGUGUGUUUCCUUAGGUUCACGGUACAGAGGAAGGGUCACACUACCACCAGGGUCACAAAACUACCCCUGGAAAUGCCCACAACUCCUAGGAAAGCCUUGCCAAAUGUGUGUUUCCUUAGGUUCACGGUACAGAGGAAGGGUCACACUACCACCAGGGUCAUAAAACUACCCCUGGAAAUGCCCACAACUCCUAGGAAAGCCUUGCCAAAUGUGUGUUUCCUUAGGUUCACGGUACAGAGGAAGGGUCACACUACCACCAGGGUCACAAAACUACCCCUGGAAAUGCCCACAACUCCUAGGAAAGCCUUGGCAAAUGUGUGUUUCCUUAGGUUCAUGGUACAGAGGAAGGGUCACACUACCACCAGGGUCAUGAAACUACCCCUGGAAAUGCCCACAACUCCCACGAAAGCCUUGGCAAAUGUGUGUUUCCUUAGGUUCACGGUACAGAGGAAGGGUCACACUACCACCAGGGUCACAAAACUACCCCUGGAAAUGCCCACAACUCCUAGGAAAGCCUUGGCAAAUGUGUGUUUCCUUAGGUUCACGGUACAGAGGAAGGGUCACACUACCACCAGGGUCACAAAACUACCCCUGGAAAUGCCCACAACUCCUAGGAAAGCCUUGGCAAAUGUGUGUUUCCUUAGGUUCACGGUACAGAGGAAGGGUCACACUACCACCAGGGUCACAAAACUACCCCUGGAAAUGCCCACAACUCCUAGGAAAGCCUUGGCAAAUGUGUGUUUCCUUAGGUUCACGGUACAGAGGAAGGGUCACACUACCACCAGGGUCACAAAACUACCCCUGGAAAUGCCCACAACUCCUAGGAAAGCCUUGGCAAAUGUGUGUUUCCUUAGGUUCACGGUACAGAGGAAGGGUCACACUACCACCAGGGUCACAAAACUACCCCUGGAAAUGCCCACAACUCCUAGGAAAGCCUUGGCAAAUGUGUGUUUCCUUAGGUUCACGGUACAGAGGAAGGGUCACACUACCACCAGGGUCAUAAAACUACCCCUGGAAAUGCCCACAACUCCUAGGAAAGCCUUGUCAAAUGUGUGUUUCUUAGGUUCAGGGUACAGAGGAAGGGUCAAACUACCACCAGGGUCAUAAAACUACCCCUGGAAAUGCCCACAACUCCUAGGAAAGCCUUGGCAAAUGUG